CUCCCCGAAUCUCACUCCUCAAAUUUCUGGACACGUUUUUGUCUUAACAAAAGCUGUUAUUUACUGGGCCCCUUAUCUAAAAAAAUAUCCAAAAACAAACCUUAAUGUCUACGCCAUCCUUCAAUUUUGUUCUUAGUUCUUAAUUUAUAUAAAAUAUUUGGAUAAAUUUUUGGUGCAAAUUAAUUAAAUUAUUAAUUGACUAUACAUAUUUCUAUUUACUUAAAUUUCCUAAAAUUAUUUUAAUUUUUUUAUUCACUUACCUAAAAGGUUAAUUACUCUGAAUUUUUAAAAAUAUUUUUAUGUUCAAGAAUAAUUUUAUUUUAAAAAGAUUAGUUUCUGAAUACCUUCAUUUUCGUUUCAAAUUUAAACAAAAUUUGCAUAUUUUGGGUAUUGAAUCAAGUUGUGACGAUGCUGCUAUUUCGAUUAUUUGUCAAGAAAAAAGGAGAAUACUUUGUGAUAUUCGAAGUUCUGAUUUAAAGACAAACUCUCGAAUGGGAGGAAUUUGCCCUCAUUCUUCGGCAAGGCAUCAUAGAGAAGCACUUCCCCGGCUAAUAUGUGAUGCUCUUGCCGAGUGUAAAUUACGAGCUUAUGAUGUAGACGUUGUUGCUGUAACUAAUAGGCCAGGGCUGGUUAACAGUUUAAAAGUUGGGAUAGAACAUGCUAUUUGUUUUGCUAGAAAAUAUUAUCGCCCACUUAUACCAAUUCAUCACAUGCGUGCUCACGCUUUAAUCGCUCGUUUAUUAUUUUCUGAAUUAAAUUAUCCUUUUAUUUCUCUUCUUAUUUCUGGUGGCCAUUGUAUUCUUUGUAUUGUUUAUAGCCCUGUAGACUUCAAAAUUUUGUUGGAUACGAAGAGUGGAAGUCCUGGAGAAUGUUUGGAUAAAUUAGCUAGAGAAUUAGGCUUACAACAGUUAAAUGGGCAUUUUGGAGUUGCGCUAGAACAAAUUGCAAAGAGUUACAUAAAAGAAAAUCUAGAUAAACCCCAUUACACUUUAACACUUCCAAAGGCGGAUAUAUCUCAAGAUUUGGAUUUUGAUUUAAUUAAAGGGCGUUAUCUAAGAAUAAUUAGAGAUAAAUUAAAGAACAACAAAAAUGAUGAAAUUGUUGAUUUAUGUGCUGCAAUUCAACACACAAUUGCUGAAUAUAUUUGUCAACAUUUAAAUUUGAUUUUGCCUUUAAUUUCUUCAUUUCCUGAAUUUACAAAUCUUCUAAAAAAAUAUUUAAUUUUGGCUGGAGGUGUUGCUUCAAAUAAAUAUAUUUUUCAACAAAUUUCAGAAAUUUCCAAUUCUCACAAUUUUACAGUUUUAGUACCUCCACCACAUUUUUGCACAGAUAAUGGGGUUAUGAUUGCGUGGGCGGGACUGGAAAUAUUUAACAGAAAAGAAAAUGAUAAAAUUUUUUGGCCAGACGAGUUGCCUGAUUUUAUUUUGGCUUCACAUAAAUCCCCAAUUGGUCCAAGAAUAGAAUUUAAUAAAAAUUAA